UCAAAGUAAAACUACAUAAAGGAGUCUAUUCUAUGUGAAGAUCCCAAAGUCCACCUCAAUCAACAUAGCCGACUAUAUGGUAUUCACUAUUCAAUUCAAAUAAAUACAUAGAUUAUAUAGAACUCCAAAUUAUUCCCAUUUACAUUUAGUAGCAAUUAUUUUUUUUUUUUUGUUUUGCAAAUUUUGCGGAAACACCCAUUUAUAUAUUUCCCUCCACCAAAGCUCUCAAAUCUGUAGUAUAUCAUCAUCACACAGAGAAAAGAUCUUUCCUUUAUUGCUCCAAAAUUUCCCCAAACGAAUCAAAUAAUACAGACGCGAAUCUGGGAAUCGUUUUUCUUUUGCCGUGGUGAAAUUCCUCGUUUCCACUUUUGUCGAUUUUUUUUUUCCGGGAUUUUUCACGCGCGAAUCGGAAGAAACGAGAAAAAAGCGAUCACGAAGUUCUUCAAUUGGUUUGGAGCUCGGAUUUUCCAUUUAUCAGGGAAAGUGUGAUUUUUCUCGUGAUUCGGAGCUUCACAAACGGCGUUGAUUGCACCAGAUCUUGCUCCGGCUAUUCGGGAAUUCUUUUCCCCUUUUCUCAAUUGUUUCAGGUGCUUUGUUACGUCCCUGAGGCUCACAAUCUCAUUUAAAGAGAAUUCGCAACUUCAAACCUGUCGAGUAGUGCAGAUGAGUUAUAUUUUUCUGCACUAAGGGCGAUAAUUUGGUGAACAUACACUCAGGAGUUUGUAAAUAUCAUGGGAAUCCUUUCACGCGGGUUUAAAUCUUCCGAUGGCCUAUUUCUUCCAGUAAGUAGAAAACCAAACGAGAGUAUGAGGCUUAUUGUAACAACUUUUCUUGGAGUAGUUUUGGGAUUCUUCAUAGGUGUCUCAUUCCCAACGUUGUCAUUAACGAAGCUGAAUAUUACAUCUAGCCUUCUUCUCCCUCCCACUGAUCUCACAUACAUAGAGGACAAGAAAUCAAGCUUCUCCACGCCAAUAGAUGCUUGGUCUUCUAAAAGUAGUAAUCCUAGCAGCUCAAAUCAAGAUCAACAUUUGAAUGAUACAUCAAAGAUUUGGGCCACAUCAAAUCCUAAAGGUGCAGAAAGAUUACCGCCGGGAAUUGUUGAAGCUAUGUCAGAUUUCUAUCCAAGACGAUUGUGGGGUAAGCCUAGUGAGGAUUUAACAAGUACGCCAAAGUACCUCGUCACCUUCACUGUUGGUUAUGAUCAGAGAAAUAACAUUGACGCAUGCGUGAAAAAGUUUUCAGAGAACUUCACCAUCCUUUUAUUUCACUAUGAUGACCGAACAACUGAAUGGGAUGAGUUUGAGUGGUCAAAGCGAGCUAUUCAUGUGAGUGUUCGCAAGCAGACCAAAUGGUGGUAUGCUAAGCGAUUUUUGCAUCCUGACAUUGUUGCUCCUUAUGAUUACAUAUUUAUUUGGGAUGAAGACCUUGGAGUCGAGCAUUUCAAUGCAGAAGAGUACAUAAAACUAGUUAGAAAGCAUGGUUUGGAGAUUUCGCAGCCGGGUUUAGAGCCUAACAAAGGGUUAACAUGGCAGAUGACCAAGAGAAGAGGUGACCGUGAAGUACACAAGGAAACGAAGGAGAGACCUGGCUGGUGUACCGAUCCACAUCUGCCUCCCUGUGCAGCGUUCGUUGAGAUCAUGGCUCCGGUGUUUUCCCGAGAUGCAUGGCGCUGUGUGUGGCAUAUGAUUCAGAAUGACUUGGUCCAUGGAUGGGGUCUUGACUUUGCCCUUAGAAAGUGUGUAGAGCAGCCUGCCCAUGAGAAAAUAGGAGUUGUAGACUCUCAGUGGAUUGUUCACCAAACUGUCCCCUCGCUUGGGAAACAGGGUGAAUCACACAAUGGAAAGGCCCCAUGGCAAGGAGUGAGAGAAAGGUGCAGAAAAGAGUGGACGAUGUUCCAAACUCGUUUUGCAAAUGCAGAAAAAGCAUACUUCCAGCAACAGGGGAUAGACCCUUCAAAUUCUACAGCUCAUUAGGGAACGACAACAGAAAUAACAGGAGUGGUACUGUACACAAUCAUCACCACCAUAAUCUUUUUAGCGCUUUUUUUUACAUAAAUUUUGUAGAAUUCAUUAUUUAUUUAUUUUAUAUAAUAAUUUUAGACCUUUAACUUUAAAAAAAAAAAAAACACUUCAGAAAGUGCCUGGACUGAAUGCAACAUUCAUUCUCAUCACAAUGACCGCUACCAUUUUUGCCACUGGCUAGCAGAUAUAAUUAAAAACCAACUUCCCUUCGACGUUCA